ACACGAUCAUUGUUGUUCGUACAUUGAAGUGACUUAAGUAACUAUAGUCUUGCGUCCGGUGUCGCGAGUGAACGUGAUAAUAAAAAUGGUUAGUUACUACCAUUAUGUGAUCGUGGCUUUAGCCGUGAUUUCGGCAACGCUUUUGGCAAUAUUUUUGUUCUCUCGAAGACGUCUCUAUCUGCUCUCCUAUGCGCUCCCAGGACCGACGACCUUGAUCCCUCUCGUAGGAAAUCUGGGUUCAUUCUUUAUGCACAGAAAAAACGUUUUCCAAUUUUUCGAUAGGAUUGUCGCCAAAUUCCCACAAACUUUUAGAUUCUGGUUCGGCCCCAAAUUGAUCGUCGUCUCAAGCGAUCCCGCUGUUCUAGACAAAAUCUCAAAAUCUGCUGCUUUCGAAUACGUGGAUGUCUUUGAUUCGAAUCAGAAAGAGACCGAUGAACGUUGGAGGAUGCACAAGAAGCUGAUAAGACCGUUGAUCAACGUUAAGUUCGCUAUCGAUAAUAUCGCGACGUUUCAGGAGCACGGCAGAAUCUGCACGACUCUGCUCGAAAAACAUUUGAACAAUAAAGAAUUCGACGUGCAUCAGUAUCUGUUCCCAUGCUUUUUGGACAUUUACGGAGAGAUUCUGUGCGGAAAGGUGAUAGGAUGUCAGAACGGUCGCAAUCGGAAUUUGAUUUGGGCAAUGGAGACCGUGCUAAAGUUGAGGGACAUCGAGAGGGCUUUCAGGUGGUUACAUCUUUGGUCACUUUACAAGAUGACCGAUCAUUAUAAACAAUCUAAUGAUGCGAGGGAGAUGCUGUCGUAUUUCAUUCAGAACGUGAUCAGGAAAUCUUGGCAGAGGAGGAAGUUGGACGUGUUCGGGGAGAACAAGACCGGGGCGACUCCUCUGGUGGAUAGAAUUGCGGAAUUCGUCGAGAACAACAGGAAGGCAAUGAGGAACGAAGAGUUUCGUGAUUACCUUCUGAAAAUAUAUAUCGAGGCGUCUUCGACGUCGGCGUUAAUUGCAUCGUACGUCUGCGUGUGCUUCGGGAUGUAUCCGGAAUGUCAGGUCAGAGCUGCAACCGAGAUCCGAGCGAAUCUGGGUGAAGACCUGCAGAAUCUCAAGUACGAGAAUUUGUACAAGCUGAAGUACUUGGAGAUGUGCAUACUCGAGGCAACGCGUCUUGUGCCGAAGAGCUGCUUCACGAUAAGGACUUUUACCGAGAGCGUCGACCUCGGCGACGACGUUACCCUACCAGAGGACUGCCCGAUCUUGAUCCCCAACUACUGGAUGAACCGUUCCGAAUCCUACCAGAAACCUGACCACUUCUACCCGAAUAACUUCCUUCCAGAGAACGUGAAAUGGCGGAAAAGUGGAAAUGAAUCGCACGGCUCCGGUACACACGAGUGCAUUGGACGUCUGCUGUCGAUGGUCGGCCUGAAGAUCAUCAUAUCGCAAAUCGUCAGCAGGUACAGGAUCGAAGCCGAUGGAAAGUUUCACGAUCUGCGGAUCGGUAAUCCCUCCUAUCCGAAACCAUCGUUGCACGGAUUCAGCUUGUGUCUGCGGGAUUGACCAUCGCAGAAAGUGGAACAAAUAGAAAACUUGCGACACUCGAAAAGUGCACACUCGUUUUCCAUGAAACUAAACUAAAUAAAUGCGAAUGAUAGCGAACAACACGCGCCAUCAGAAUAGAAAAUUACCCAAACACCCAUCCUCUUCUUCUAAACUUUAAUGUCAUUACACAUUUAUGAAUUAUUCAAAUUUUUAUAAUGAAAAUAAUAACACUUAAUUAAGGUUUCGUUUAACUCCUUUGGACUUUGAGUUCUCGCUUUAAAGUUUUCAAUUACUCGCAAUAAUGAACGAACUAUUAAAAAU